UCCAGUCGGAUGUUUUUCUCGGACGGACUUCCGGUGCUGCUGAUGAAUGAUGUGACGCUCCUCCGUUUAACAAAAGUCUUUCUACAAGCAUGUCUGAAGUCCAGCAGCUGAGAGACAUGUUGAAACUACAGCUAACACCUGCUGAUCAAGGAACAAUCGCAAACCAGGCAGAAGAAACAUAUCAUUUAAAAGAAGAGAACAAAAGAGACAUGCAACAGUUGUUGGUGAGUAAAGAAGAAUUUUUUCCUGAACACCAGGAAUGGAAUCUGAAUGAUGACCAGGAGAACAUCAAAGAAGAAGAGAAGCUGUGGAUAGGUCAGCAGGGAGUACAACUUCAGCAGCUGGAGGAGGCAGAUCUCACCAUGUUUGGUUUCACUGCCGUCACUGUGAAGAUUGAAAAUGAUGAUCAUGAAAAACCAGAGACAUCACAGCUUCCUCAGAGCCAAAGUGAUGAGAGCACAGACACUGAGCCUGUAGCCAGCAGCUCAUCUGUACACAGAACAUUGAUAACAAAAAUGGAAGGAGAGGACAAUGAAGGACCACAACCAGCCAGUUUCUCAGGUCUAAACAGUCAUUUACAACUAGAUACGUAUGGCAGGAGUUCAGAUAGUUCUGAAACCGAUACAGAUGACAGUUAUGAUUGGAAACAGACCAGAGAGCUUUGGUCUGGUUUUAACUGUCAAAAAAAUAACCAUGUUGUUAGUUCAAGCAAUUGCAACAUUGUUGAGAAACAAUUUAAUUGCUCUGAAUAUGGAAAAGCAUCUGGUCACAUGAACAACUUAGAGCAACACAAGGGGAGGCAAGCAAGGGAAAAAUCAUUUAGCUGUACUAAUGGGGGUAAAAGACUGAAACAAAAGGGCACUCUGAAGACACACAUGAGAAAGAAACUAUAUCAGUGUUCGGACUGUGGCCAAAAAUUUGGACGAAAGUGCAAUCUGAACAGACACAUGAUAAUUCAUACAGGACAAAAACCAUUUGGCUGUUCUGAAUGUGGUCAAAGAUUUGGACUAAAGUGCAGUCUGAAUAGACACAUGAUAAUUCAUACAGGUCAAAAACCAUUUGGCUGUUCUGAGUGUGGCAAAAGAUUUGGACGAAACGGCAAUCUCAACAGACACAUGAUAGUUCAUACAGGAGAAAAACCUUUUAGCUGUCCCGAAUGUGGUCAGAGAUUUGGUCUAAAGAACAGUCUGAAUACACACAUGAUAAUUCAUACAGGAGAAAAACCAUUUGUCUGUUCUAAGUGUGGUAAAAGAUUUGGACUGAAGAGCCACCUUAACACACACAUGAUAAUUCACGCAGGACACAAACCAUUUGGCUGUUCUGAAUUUUCUCUCUUCUCGCUUAGCUGCUAG